CGGCUUCUUCACACUAUCACAUCCAAUCAGUCGCCAUGCCUCCAGGGUAUAUCACCUCUGCCCACCCCUCCUCGCCGGGGAUAUGUGUGUGACGCUGCCUCGUUCUGCAUGGGAUGUGCAAAUCUUGCUCCCAACUCUGGAGAUGCCCUUUGUCCCUACUUAAUCACUCUGGGUUGGCGGCUUCCAUAUCAUGAUGCCCAUGUGUCUUCUGCCUUUGCUCAUUCUCCUCUCUCCUGCUGUUACUGCUGGUUCAGUAUUCCAGGAGUAUUCGAGUGUCGUGUCCAAACUGAACCGCCGUGCGGAGGACCUCUCGACCGCAGUCCCGUUGGAUGAAUCUCUGUUGGCCAUCCAAAUUGGUGGUAUCGUCGGGGCAUACGUGAUCUUUGUUGCGAUCCUCCUGAGUCUGUUACUUUUUGUGGGACGACGUCUGCGACGGGCGGUGCAGGCCUCCAACUAUAGCCUGCACGUGGAGAUGAUGAAGCCUGCUAAACCUCCCGUGAGCCUGGAUCCGAGCCCGGUCACUCCGCUCUCUGCGACCCUCCCCAGUCCAAAUAGGACGCACUCCUUCAAUCAGUCCUGGAGUAGCCUGGGCAAAGGGCCUCACUCUCACAUGGCGGGGAACGGAAGUGCAGCCACCAUCGAUGAGUCGGUGCUUGCCUCCGACCGCCGCAGGGCACAGGAGGAGAUGGAGAUGCUGUAUGCCGCGGUCAUGGAGCAUGACGCCCGGAAGGAAUUGGCGAUGGAGACGGGUCGGGACGAGAAGGAGAUCCAAUCUCCCGAUACAGUCUAUACCAGCCCGUUCAGCGACCGGUCGUCCAGGGUCUCCGAGGGACCAUCAUUUGCGCCCAUGAAAUCUCCGACGAGUCCACGGUCCAACUCCCGCCUGUCUAGGAUCUCGUCGCUCUCCUUGUUCAACUCCAACUCCAAUUCCAGCUCUCAAUCCCAACCCAAUGCCACCUCGAAAACCCCCGCCAACACCGGCAAGAUUCUCCGGUCGCCGCGAUUCAACCUUCGAAAAAUGUCCAUCUCCUCCCCGCUGGCAUCUCCCGAUGUGACCGCGACCAAUUCGUACGGCGAGGAACAGCCCCCGCUGACUCCGCGGAUCUACCACCCGCCACCCCCUCCCGCUCCUCCCGCGCGGAUCAAUCGCACUGCUGUCGAGAAGGUCGUCGGGGUAAGUCGGGCGCCGGCGCCCGCACCGCUGAGCUUGUCGACUGCGGGGCAUGGUAAGGGCGCGUCAUCAUUGCCCUUCCGGGAUGCGUUCCCGCUGCAGAGCGCCCCCGCUACAAAGACGACGGUCCUGGAACGACCCGUGAAGCCGCUGAAUGGACCGCGGACGGGCAUGCCGACGCCCUACAGUCCUUACAUGCCCUUCACGCCCGUGACGCCGCUCACUCCGAGUCGAAUGGUGACCAAGCGACAACGCAAGCGUGAAGCCAAGGACAAUGGGCUGCGGGCUUUGGAUGAGAAUGACGUUGUCAAGGAUGACAGCGAUGUGUGGGGGUGAUUUUUAUUUUCUUCUAUUCUUAUACUGGACUGUUUCAUGAUUUGUCUGCUUUCCGGGUGUGACUAGGUGUCUAGGGAGUCGUUUGAACUAUGUGGACAGUGCUGGCACUCGGUGCUU